GUUCGGUAUAAAGGCUCAAUUGCAACAUGGCCCAUAAUGUUGCCUAUCUAAGAUUCGCGAAACCCAAUCCCAAUCGGCCGGUGACGACCACGAUCCAAUCUGCCACGCUCAACUCAGCUGUCAACAAAAAAAAAAAAAAAAACUGAGCUCCGUUGACCCAUGGCCGAUUCCACCGGAAACCAGCCACCGGCGACGGACCGGCGACUCCAGAGCCUGGCCAGCCGCGUCUCCAUCGCACUUGCCGCCGUGUCCACGAUCUUCCUCCUCUACCUCCUCCGCCACGCCUCCACCUCCUCCUGCUUCCCCGCGCCCCUCACCCUCACCCUCUCGCUCGCUCCGUUUCCCCGCACCUCAUGCGACGCCGCGUCCCGCCGAAUCCUCCGCCCGGACCGCCGCCUCGCUAAGCUCCGCUCCUCCUCUCGCUGGCGCCGCCGCUCCAAGGCCCUGUCCUCCUCUGCCUUCCCCCGGCUCCGCGACCUCCGACUCCUCGCCGGAUCCUCCCGCGUCCUCUGCCUCGCCGCGGGGGCCGGCAACGCCGUCGACGCGCUCCACGCCGCGGGGGUCGCCGACGUCACCGGGAUCGACCUCGUCGACUUCCCGCCGCUCGUCCGUCGCGCCGACCCGCAUCGCCUCCCCUUCUCCGACGGCGCAUUCGACCUCGUCUUCUCCGACGACCCGGCGGGGUUCACCGGCGCGCUCUUCCCGUCUCGAUUCGCCUCCGAGGCCGAGCGCGCUGUCCGCCCAGGCGGUGCCAUCGCGCUCGCCGUCGAACGGCACUUGGACCCCGCCGCCGUCGCUGUGCUGUUCAGAAGGUCGCGCGCCGUGGAAAUCAGGGAUGUCACCUUGGAUGGCUCCCAGGUCAGGAUUCUAAUCUUUCAGACUAACGGCACUACCCUGAAGCCGCACUGAUUCUGUACCAUUUCAUGUACUGUUCAUGUUCGUGUCUUGUUGUUCUGUACUUCAGCUAGGUUGAAUACUGGAGUACAUUUUAGGGAGCUAUAAGUUUGUAAUCUGUGCAUAGAAUUAAACUGUAGCUCUGUAGAUUAAUGAUCAAGAAAAAUGGAAGAUUGUUAACUCGCCGAUUGUGCUAACUACAAGCUGCUAUCAUCGUUCUUUCUCCAUGAAACAAGUGCUGGAGAUAGCUUCGUUACAGAGCGCUAUAAAGUUCGGUUUGUAUCGUGUCACAGCCGCUCAGCCUAAAAAUAAUGAUCCUUGUGUAAUGCAUUGUCUUCCUAGCUAUGGCUCGUAGGGAUUAGGACCAACAUCUAUCUGUUCCUCUCCAAGGACUAAGCUUUGUCGAACUUGACCUAUGCUUGUAUUUCAUAACGCUACUGAUCACUUGAUAUUUGAAUUAUUAAAUUUAAGAUGUUCUUUA